GCGGGUCGGUGGCCAUGCCUCUCUCCACGCAGCUGCCUACCAGCGGCGAGCCGUACGUGCUGGUCGUCAGCUUGGACAAUGCACGCCACCUCUCCAGCCUCCUUAGGGCCGUCCACUUCCAGGACCACGCCACUUGCUUCGCCACGGCCAACGGCCUCAGGGUGACGGUGGAGGAUGCCAAAUGCAUCCAGGCCAACGCUUUCAUUCAGGCAGAAAUUUUUCAGGAAUUUACUGUUCAGGAGGAAUCAGUGACUUUCCGGAUCAACUUGUCUGUUCUUCUUGACUGCUUGACCAUUUUUGGUGCCAGUUCUUUGCCAGGAACAUCAACAGCCCUUAGGAUGUGUUACCGUGGUUAUGGUUAUCCCUUGAUGCUGUUCUUGGAAGAAGGAGGAGUGGUGACAGUGUGCAAAAUCAACACACAAGAACCUGAUGAAUUGUUAGACUUUGACUUCUGUAGUACGAAGGUUGUUAAUAAAAUUAUCCUGCAGUCAGAAGGGCUACGGGAGGCGUUUGCUGAACUGGAUAUGACCAGUGAGGUUCUGCAGAUUACCAUGUCUCCAGAUAAACCCUACUUCAGAUUAUCUACUUUUGGAAAUGCAGGGAGUGCACAUCUGGACUAUCCUAAGGACUCUGAUUUGAUGGAAGCAUUCCACUGUAACCAGACCCAGACAAACAGGUACAAGAUUUCUUUGCUUAAACCAUCGACAAAGGCACUGGCUUUAUCUUGUAAAGUGUCCAUUCGAACGGAUGCUCAAGGAUUUCUUUCACUGCAGUAUAUGAUUAGAAAUGAAGAUGGACAGAUCUGUUUUGUGGAAUACUACUGUUGCCCUGAUGAGGAUAUCACGGAAGCAGAACUGUAGGUGUGUGCUUUGGCAUCCACAUGGUAUUUAUAGAGCUAUAAAAUAAUAUAUUUUUUUAUAAAACUGGGUAAAAACUGUAAAGAUUAAUAACUUCAU